UUUUUUUAUGUUGAGCGCCAACUGCGGGACAAAAUCAGAUGGCGGGGUUUUAUUCCCCUAACUUUGACACCUGCAGCAGCUGAUAUCUGACAUUGGACAGCUGACAGCUGGCACUAGUACUUGCAGCUGGCAAUAUUAGGUACAAUCCCCCUAAAUUAACAAGUCUUAUAAAUUGGACUUCUCUUCUUGGACUUCUCUUCAAGCACCAUAAUACCGAUCAAGUUAGUUUUUUUCAUCUAUCAUUACAGGUAGAUAUAAACUUAUAAUAGGUACCCAUACCUGUCUAAUUAUUGCGAUCUAGAUGAACUCGAUCAUCAGACCCCGUACUCUCGUAAACUUGUCUAAAUACUUCGAAGUUUUGCAGAGCUUGCUAGAUGCGAUGCGACAUAACAUUGGUAAACGGCGCUUCGAAUAUGUAUGACGGAUGCUUGACGUCUUUAUUUCCGAGUGUUAGAGCCGUCAUCGGUGCUCAGUCAGCGCCUGAUUGAGUGGGAUUAACGUAGGUAUAUAGGUAGAGAGGCAUAUUAACGACAACUAUGCUGCUUUAAAUGUCUUUUUCUCGUUUUCAAUCUCCAAUGAUUAGGGUAUCUGCCUAUACAUCUUGGUUCAUUUUCCCCAAGUUGCGAUAGUUGAUAUUUGCAACAUGCAGCCGGACAUUCUAAUACGUGAGGCUGUUAACAAUUUCCUGCCCAGCGAUGAGUGGAAACUUGAACAGGGCUUCGGGACAACAGAAUUGCAUCUGCUUGACCAAACGAAAUAUAACGAAGGGGUAGACGCCGUUGCACCGGGCUGGGAACGAGAGGUUCAGCCACUUCCGAAAAAGUUUGACGGUAAACUAGCCGCUGAUGAAUUGGCAGGCUGGGAUGGUUAUGUUGAAUGGGAAGACUAUCCAGAGAAGAAGCGCAAGGCGCACGAGAUUCUCGCCUCCCAAGAUUUCCCUCCUCCGCCCGAAUUCCAGUUGGCACCUAUUCCUGGUACCAAUCCGGUUCUAGAAGGAAUCCGCUGGAAGUUAUGGCAUCGAGCUAUUGGUGGCCGCCUGGCAGUAGUUCCAGAGGAAUCUUGGGCCAUCGUGCUAAAAGAAAAAUCGCAAGAUAUGCUACAUCUCUUGCAAUUCCCAUAUAAUGGCGAACCGCCUAAAAGGCUCGUCACAGCUGAGCCGGUUACACCAAAUCCCCUGCACUUCGUACGCAACCACGGUGGUAUCCCGUCCAUCGACCCAUCUGCAUGGUUUCUCCGGCUAGAUGGCCUGGUCAAAACACCCCAAAAGUUGACACUUUCGGACCUCCAGGAUGAAAGCCGGUUCCCGCGCAUGGAGAGGCUAGUAACUAUACAAUGCAGCGGUACAAGGCGUAUUGAGCAGAUAAGUCUAUACGCUGGCGAGGGAGACGAAAUGAUUAACGCGCCUUGGGCUGAAGGUGCGAUUGGGACGGCCAAAUACGUGGGAGUGUCGCUCAAGAAGGUGAUAAAAUAUUGCGGCGGGCUUGAAGAAGGUGCCAAACAUCUAGAGCUCGUCGGUGCUGAUACGUACUUCAAACAGAAAGAGGUAAUGAACUACGCCAUCAGCGUGCCUUACUCCAAGGUUAAAUCUCACGAGGUUAUGCUCGUGUGGGAGAUGAACGGGGAACCACUACCAAAGAUCCACGGCGCACCAGUUAGAGCGGUAGUGAUGGGCUACAUAGGCGCCAGGAGCGUGAAGUGGUUAUAUCGCAUAACCGCGAUACCGGAGCCGACGAAAGCUCCAGUGCAGAGCAAAGAAUACUUGUACUUCAACCAGCAAGUUGGCAAACAUAACCAGCGUUGGACUGAUGGAAUUCAAAUACAAGAAAUGCCCGUGAGCAGCGCCAUCAUGUCACCUUGGAAUAAGCAGGUCGUAUUACACGAGGGCAAGAUCGAGGUCAAAGGAUGGGCGUACUCUGGAGGCGGCCGCUGGCCCGAGCGCGUCGAAGUAAGCGCUGACGGCGGAUUCUCGUGGUACGCGGCGCCGACGGAGAAUUUGAGCACGAAGCACAAAUUCGCCUGGCGCACUUGGCAUAUGUGGUUACCUUGCGACGUCGAGGGAUGGAUAGAGGUAGUGGUACGGUGCUGGGAUAACGCCAUCAACACUCAGCCCAUUGGGGUUAGGGACGCAUGGAAUUGGGGUUUGCAUGUAACGAGCAGCGCCCAUCGGAUCAGAAUAUACAGCGUGAACAAGAACAGAGAAAGGACGAGAGAGAGGCUCGAAGAGUUUGAAAGGCGAGGAAUCUCUUUUGUGCCUAUCACGCGGCCGACUGACUUCCCUCUCAUGAGUUGGGAAGAGUACGACGAGUAUUUCAAGAAGAACGGACCAAGAGAUGUGGACGAGUAACGUAAUGAUAGCCAGUUGUCCUAGGGACAUGUACAAGAAAGUAGUGAAGUCGUAUAUUUGUGCUUAGAGAUGGUCUCGAGCCCUUAGUGGGCAGAUGACGUUGGAACGAAAGCUUGUGAUUUGUUGUCGAUAAGAGAGGCUCAUCAGGCGGGAUGAAUUAACAUAUGAAUCUGAGACAUAAAUAUGAUAUACUCCGAUAACAUGUGAGUUCUUCACUAUUGUUAUUAGAUGGUGUUUCCCAAAAAAUACGCAAUGCUAAGUCGUGUGAGUUGUGCGUUACAUUAAGUGGUACGUAUUCAAGAGCUUGGCACCGGCAAUUCUUGGAAUACCGAUAACUCGUAUAGUAGGUACCUAUCUUAUGAGUGAGACGGUAUACAAAUAUUUCCUCAGAAUCCCUGAUAUAAUAAACUUGAUAACUUUGAGAAUUUUGAAAAGGGAAGGGGGCAAGGCUUAUGCAUGCAUGCAUGGACCCUGAAGCUAGGUAGGAGAAGUUUGAUCCGACUAGCCACUUGAAUAAACUUUUAAUAAAUUUGAUAGACAAACUUCAUUGGGCUCUAU